AUGAAGCGCAGACAGGAACUCUUGAAGGAGAAGUAUGAGGAAGUCGUGGCGAUGCUGAAGGCGCAGAAUAUAGAUAUGAAUAGUCUCCAACCGCUUUCUCGAGGAGGCAGCAGGGCCUUCCACGAGAAGGAAGACGCCAUCGCGACGCUGUCUAGAACGGUUCACGGCCUGAUGCUAAAACGCCGUAAGAUGCAGCGUGCGCACGAGCGGCAGGCGGCGGAGCUACAGAGCCACGUGAAAGCCUUGACACAAAGAAUAAGUGCUCUAACGCAACAGCAAGCCGUUCUCAAGAUGGAAGCCAACCAGCUCAGCCAGCAAAUACACGAGCAGGAAACCCGAUUUCCAGGAGAUCACAAAGCCGCUGCCUCGCCGCCUCGCGCCUCGUAUGCUCACGUGCUGCCGCGAGUGUAUUCUUCGCGGUCGGGCGCCAGCGCGAAAGGCUCUGCAUCUUCUGCCAAGUACAGAAAAGGCGAUGCAAUUUCGAGAAGUAAAAGCGUGUCGGAAAACAAAGCAGACACGACAGGCGACCGGACGGUGCGCUCUGGGCAAAGCGCUGCUCGGAGUUCUAACGAACCGGCCGCUGGCGGCAAUCGCCGCCGGUCGAGCGCAGCGGCUUCCACGAAAAAAUCCAAAACGCGUAGCAGAAGGAAGUCCUCGCGGCUAGGAGACUCUGUCUCAAGCUCUGGAGAAAUCAUAUCUCGCGACAACGACGCGGUUGUGGUAGCGGACGCGCCCGAUCGAGACUCCGAAACUGUCGAGGGGCUGAAGGCUUCAGUAGCUUCAGAAGACGAAGGACUUCCAGCCGGCUCAGGGGCCUCCGCCGAAGUCCCCCUUUCACCCGAGCAGCAAGGCGCCAAAAAUCAAAGUUUUCCUUCUCGCGAGGACGAACCCGACGAGACUCAGAACAGAGGAAACGGCACUCCCGCAACUGAUGGAAUCGAAGCUGGAACUGCGGCUGACCUUCAAUUGCUGGCUCGGCAGGCGGUCGAGCAAGCAGAACAGUCUGCCAUCUACAAGGCGCAGGAAGUCACGGCAGAGGAACUGCCUGAACAGUUGGCAGUUGCUGGCGUAAGCGGCGCAGGCGAGAUGGGUGCCGCUGCCCCUGAGGGAGAUUUUGAACCGCGCGGACCUUGA